AAAGAUAGCACCGCCCAUGCUACAAAAACCUCCUCUGUCAGUGGAGGCAGCUUUCACUUCAUUGUGGGACAUCAGGUGACACAACAAGGGAAACAAUGGCAGCCGCUUCAAAUGUGGAGUUUGUGCGAACGGGCUACGGCAAGAAUUCAGUGAAGGUGAUGGUCAUCAGGAGACAGGCAAGACACCACUCCAUCACCGAGCUGAAGGCUGACGUGCAGCUCACCCUCAGAUCCCGCAAGGAUUAUAUAAGUGGGGACAACUCCGACAUCAUCCCCACCGACACCAUCAAAAACACUGUCCAUGCCCUGGCCAAGAUUAAAGGGGUAAAGACCAUCGAGCAGUUUUCCCUGGACAUCUGCAAUCACUUCCUGACAUCUUUCAAUCAUGUGCUGAGGGUCAAGGUCUACAUGGAGGAGGCUCCGUGGAGAAGGUUGGAGAAGAAUGGGGUAGAACAUGCUCACGCGUUCAUCCUCAGCCCAGAGACUUGUCGCUUCUGUGAUGUUGAGCAGGAUCUCAAUGGUGCCCCAGUGGUUCACGGUGGGGUGAAGGACAUGAAGGUGCUGAAAACCACUCAGUCUGGGUUUGAGGGUUUUCUCCGAGACCGCUUCACUACUCUGCAAGACAGCAAAGACAGGUGUUUCUGCACCACUGUCUACUCCAGGUGGCGAUACAACAAGGCCCAAGGUGUGGACUUUGACGCCUCAUGGAAGUGUGUGAGCAACACAAUCAUUGAAAAGUUUGCUGGCCCUUACGACUAUGGAGUGUACUCUCCAUCUGUGCAGAUGACCCUUUAUGAAACACAGGUUCUGGUCCUGGACAGAGUUCCUGAGGUGGAGGAAAUAGAGAUCGCCAUGCCCAACCAGCAUUACUUCACCAUUGACAUGACAAAAAUGGGCCUUUCCAACAAAGAUGAAGUACUCCUUCCCCUGGAUAAUCCCUCAGGAAUCAUCACAGGGACACUGCGCAGGAAACAGCAAGCAAAGCUGUGAAGCCACCGACGCAAAUCAAGAAAAGGCUCCUGCUGUUGUCAGGAUAAAAAGACACAAAGCCCUGAAAAUAUUCCUAUAAACCUUUGUUAGAAUUAUGAUUUCUCAAAAAUUAUAACAUUUGACAAAGUUAUGUGAAAAUGUGAAUACCUUGUUUUAAAAUGCUGCCAUUAAAUUGAAUCCCAUGUUA